AAUCGGGUUAAAUCAACGAAUUUUCAAAAAAACAAAUCAAGCAAUAUUUGUUGAUAAUGUUUCAUCGGAACAUUAUAUUUGUUAAAGGGUAUAAAACACAUUCGUGAUGUGUGAAAGUGAUGAUACAGAUAUACUUUUAUUAAUACCACCCGAUUAUUAUGUGGUACAAUCAACGGAUGAUUCGUUAGCUAAUACACCAAGAUUGGCGUCACAUCGACAUAUGGAACCACUUCAAUCAAGUGUCGUCAAUAAAUUAGUAUCACAAGUAAACACAAUCCAAAAUCGUUUAUCAAUAAUUGAAAGUCAAUCGGAAUCAGUAGAUAACUCACCAGUUAAGAAUAACAAAAACAAAACACCUAUAAAACGAAGAAUACCAAAAUAUCGUGGAAAUGAUACCUUAAGUAAUGAAAAUUUAAAGCAUACGUUCAGCCAACAAAACACUCCAAAAAAAUCAACAAGACGCUCAAGAAUGUAUUCAUUACCUUCAUCACCAAGUAUAACUAGCACUGAUUUUGACGAAUUUUUAAAUACGACAGCUAUAUCACAAAAAACAAAACCACCAGAGACCCCAAAUUUAUCAACAAGAUAUGAUCCAUCUGGUAAUAGUAUUGACUCGUUAAACGUAUCAUUUUCUCCUCCAAAAAAACGUGGUUCAAAUUUAACACUACGUGAAAUCGAUGAAAGAUAUAAAAAUGACAAAGAAACUGUAAAAUUUAUGGAAAGCGAUGAAGAUGAUGGAUCCGACAUGGAAAAUUUAAAACAUGCAUAUGAUAAUCAAGCAAUCUUAACAGAAAUUCAAACAUUUUUACAAUGUGUGGAUUGUAUUAAAAGUCAUAUAAGUGGAAAAGAUUCCCCAGAUUCAUCUGUAGAUUUAAGUUUUAUUACAUCGCCACAAUUUAAAGCAAUUGCACAAAGACAUUUUAAUCGUAAAGUACUUACAAAUCAUGUUAAAGAUACGAAGACACAAAAGAUAACACAAAAACCAAAAAUAUCUCGGAUACAACAAUUUUUAGAAGAUAAAUCUAGUCAAAAUGUUCAAAUACCUCCUAGUUGUCCUAUAUUAGAUUCAACGAAUUCCACUAUAUCUUUAAUGGAUAAUAACGAAAGUAAAUCGAUUAAUAAUACGUCCAAUGAAAUAACAAAGGUUGAAAAUAAUGAAUCCAUAUCCGAUAAGCCACAUACUUCAAUACAAGUAUUAAUGGAACCAAAACAAUUUACUGAUUUGUCAAGCGAAAAUGGUUUGCAAGCUGGAAAAUCCAUUGAAAGUAGUACAGAAAACGUGAUUAAAGACGCAUUAUACCGUCUGGAUAAUAUGCAGAUAAACAAUCCAAAACAGGAUGUAAAAAACGCUGAAAAUAAAAAUUCAUCGGAUAAACAACCAUCAGAGCAAAAACAAUUAGAUAGCGCGGGAUUAAUGUUACUCAAUAAGUUAAUUGAAGUCCAAAAAGAAAUCGAAAAUAAGGAAAAUCAACAGAAUAAUGAUCAAAAUGUGGAAAAUGAUAAUAAAGAUUUCGAAAAUUUUAAACAAUUCCAUACAAUAUUACGCUCAAUUCAAUCACAUUUCGAUAAAAAGAAACCGGAACAAACCACAAAAAUCGAAUCGCCAAUAACAAUUCCAAAUACGGCCCUCGUAAGUUUAUCCUCGUUAUGGAAUGAACAACAACAGAAUUUGGAUCGAAAUCAAAAUUCGACUAUAUCACAAAGUAGUGGGAUACCUUCAAUUACGCAAAAAAUUGAAGAAGAACGAUUUCGACGUGAACAUUGUGAACGUUUGAUUGAAGCAUUACAGAUACGUUUGUUGGAAUCGCAAGAGAAAUUAUCGGUAGCAUUGAAAGUAGAUGCGGCCAAGGAUCAAGCUAUUGAAAAAUUAAAGGAUACUUGUGUAAUUGCACAAGAGCGAUGUAAAAAAAUUGAAUCAGACAAAGAAGCGGCCAUUGAUGAAUUAAAAGAAAUUCAAAAAAAAUUAUUAGCUGAAUCGGAUGAUACGAACAAGAAAAUAAAAUAUUAUGAACAUGAGAUCAGUAAAGCAUUAGAAGUUGCUCAUGCUAGUCAAAAUGAAGCAAGACAAUUGCAUAGUCAAAUGGAAGCUUUGAAAAAAGAUUUGGAAAAAUCGAUUAAUGAAAAUGUUAAAUUAUCUCAAAAAGUUAGUCAGCUAGAAACAGAUGUUGAAAGUGAUAAACAAUUAAUGUCUGAAAUAAGAAAUGCAGCAACUGAAACAAAAAACAUGAUAACAACAUCACAAACAGAAAUCAACAAAUUACAAGAAGAAAGACAACAAUUACAACGUAAAUUAACAGAGGAGAAAACAAAAAAUUCACAAUUAGAGACAGAAACAAAAAAUGUGAAACAUUUAUUAGAAGAAUCAAAACAAAAUGAGAAAAAAUUAACAUUAGAAAAACAAAAUUUAAUUGCUGAAAUGGAACGUACUAAAUCAGAACUCCGAUUGUUUUACCAACGUCAAGUUGAUACUCUUGUUAAAGACAAACGUGAAGAAUAUCAAGCGCAACUAGAUUCUGUUUCGAAGACUAUAAAUGAACGUAUAGCGGCUGAAAAAUUAGAAGUUGCAAAAACUGCGGCACAAUUUAUGAGAGAAACAGUCGAAAAGCAUAAACUAGAAAUUCGACUUUUAGAAGAACGCCACAGAGAAGAAAUUCGUUUGUACAAUAUUAAACACCAACAGAGUGAAAUAACUAUACAAAGUUUAACAAGUAAAUUACAUCGUCAGCAAUUAAGUCGUGCUAAAUUAGCAUCUAAAUUACAUGAUUUAAUUGAAUCACAGUGGCGCGAGGCUUUAAAAAUUGUUACUGCAAAUGGAGGAAGUCCAAUAAAUGGAAGUAAUUUAAGUCUUGCCAGACCAGAUUCGUCAAUAAACAUUCAAAAAUUAUUGGAUUUAAAUUUAGGAGAUGAAUUUUUAAAACCUGAUGCGGAUACAAGAUUUGACGUAAAGAAAUCAUAUAACAAUCGUCCUAGUUCUGCUCCAGAUGAAUUACCUACAUCUGAUAGAAGUAAAAGUACGGGGAAUUUUAUUAAUAGACCAGAUUUAAUGGGGAUGAAAAAAAUAUGGCCAGCACCUUCAGGUUCGGUUACUAGUGAACAAUCAGACAUACCAUUUGGUAAUGAAGAUCAACCAACGCAUCGAUCGAUAAAUCCUUGUCCAAUAAAUGUACCAAACAGAGAUGGGUCCGAUGAAACACCGAUAACAACGCGAUCCUCAUCUCAGAAACUUUCUAAAAAUAUUUUUUCUGAUGGUGAAUUACAACUAUACAUGAAAAUGCUUUUAGAAGAUAAUGAAUACAAUAAGCCGUCCUUAAUUGGUUUAAUUAAUAGAGAUCCAGCAUCUGGUGAUAACCAAGGGGCAACAGGGUCAAAAAGUUCUAAUGAUAAUUUUAAUGUACCUAAAACAAACAAGGAUCCUAAAGGUUCAAAACCUCCAUGGAAAUGA